AUGGUCAAAGGCAAAAAACAGAAGAUUCAACUUUUUUGCCUUUUAGUGAUUGGACUUAUCUCCAACUUUGCACUUCAAGCAGAUGCUCAGAAUUCUUGUGAAAACAAUUGUGGACAAAAGCUGGCUAAUUGUUCCUGUUAUGUGACAUGCAAAUCAUUGGAAACCUGUUGCCCGGAUUAUAGGGAAUUCUGUCUCCAGAUAUCUCCUCAGUCAGGAACCUUAAUGGGAGGAGCUGAUUUUGUCAUUGUUGAUGCAACAUUUAAUGCUGAAGACAAGAUAGUCUGCAAGUUCAAAGCAAACAUUUUGACCAAUGGUUACAUUGAUAAAGAAAGGAAGGCACACUGCAUUUCACCAUUGCUGUAUGAAAAUGGGAGGAUACCAUUUCAGCUGUCAACAGAUAAUGGAGCAACCUUCAAUCGCCAUGGGACAUGGGUGUCAGUACACCAUGGCAAAUUUUCGCCCUUGAAGAAAAGCAUGCUGGUGAAUGCUACCAAGUGGCAGUAUUAUGGCACACCCAGCGUUAAUGGAGACCUGACUCUGGUUUGGAACAGUUCAUUGCUUCCAGCAACUUCUGUAAAUGUUGAACUCUGGGGCUACAGAGAACAAGGUGCACCUUACUCAGAAUCCUGGAAAGGAGAAUGGAGUUACUUGUACUCACUUGGGAGAGCUGUACCAAACAGUGGGAAUUUCACAUUCACCCCCAAACCUGCCGAACAAUCCUAUUCUGAAUGGGAAAUUGGAAUGCUGCGUCUCACUGAUCAGGAUAAAUCAGCUGGGGAACAGAACGUGAGAGCGUUAUGGAGUCCAAACCAUGCUCUAGCCUGGCACUUGGAGGAAGCGUUCAGGAAAGACUCAGCUGCUUGGGCAUACAAAAAAUGUUUGGACUGGAAAAAAACUGAAGAGAUGCUACCGAACUUCCUGUUGGAGAUUGCAGCUUGUCCUUGUACCUUGGCACAAUCCAGAGCAGAUACAGGCAGAUUUCACACAGACUAUGGAUGUGACAUUGAGAAGGGGAGUGUAUGUACCUACCAUCCAGGAGCUGUACACUGUGUUCGAGCCAUACAAGCAAGCCCCAAGUACGGAGCAGGACAGCAGUGCUGCUAUGAUGCCAAAGGCAGACAGAUCCUGACUGGAGACUCCAUAGGAGGCAGCACCCCUGACCGAGGGCACGACUGGGGCUCCCCGCCAUACAUGGCACCCCCACGAGUUCCUGGCUUCUCUCAUGGCCUCUAUGAUGUGAUUAGCUUCUAUUACUGCUGCCUGUGGUCUGGUAACUGCCAGUACUACUUCCAGCAACGGCCCUCAAGCGGCUGCACAACCUACAGACCUCCGAAAGUUGGCACAGCAUUUGGAGACCCACAUCUCUUUACAUUCGAUGGCGCUAACUUCACCUUCAAUGGGAGGGGGGAGUACACACUGGUAAAAGGAGGAGGAAAUGGCACGAAUGGAAUAUUACAAAUCCAAGGACGGACAGGACUAAUGAAGAAUAUACAUGGAAUAGAUGCAAAUGCAACUGGGUUCACUGCUGUUGCUAUGCAGGAAGGUGACUCGGAUGUUGUUGAAGUCCGUGUUUCAAACCAUUUCAGUGCUGACAGCUUGGAGGUGCUGAUCAACCAUGGGAUUGUUACUUUCAAUGAACAGAACUGGAUGGAUCUUAAAGGUGUUUUUGUGUAUUCAGCCAACCCACAGAAUGUUACUGCUAUGUUUCCUUCUGGAGCUGGUGUGGAACUGCGGGUGAGGGGCACGAUCUUGAGCAUCACGGUUCUUUUGCCGGAGACAUUUGUGAACCAGACGGAGGGUCUCUUUGGAGUGAUGAAUAACAACCCAGAUGAUGACUUCACCUUCAGAAAUGGCUCAGUUCUAUCUGCUGAUGCCAGUCAGGAAAUGCUCUACAAACUGGGUGGCAGCUGGGCGAUUGAAAAUAAAAGCUCUCUCUUCACUUAUGACAGCCCAUUCUUGCUGGACAAUUAUUUGCUUGCUCCCAAACAUGACCCGGACUUCACUCCCAUUUUCAAUGUGUCGGAGGACUCUGGAGAUCCACAGUGUGCUGAAAUGUUGGCCGUGUGUCAAGGAAAUAAGUUUUGCCAAUUUGAUAUUCUUGUAACCAGGAGCAUUCAGGUGGGAAAGGAAACAAAGUUCUCCUAUGGAAGCUACGUUAAAUUGAUUGAAAACCUUGAGCCAGUGACCUCCUGUGGGUUUCUGGAAGAGCCCAAGAAUGGGAAAAAGAAAGGGAACUUCUACUUGGUUGGAGCAUCUGUAAAUUUUACUUGUAAUCAGGGCCACAUUCUUUCGGGAUCGGCCAUGCGUACCUGCCUGCCAACUGGCCAGUGGUCUGGGGAGCCCACCUUCUGUAUAUCUGAGAACAUUCUGGGCAUCGUUCUAGGAACUCUACUUGCUGUGUUCUCCCUGGUUGUAAUUGGAGUGAUCUUAUUCCUGAACGAAAAGCGUUUGAAAAUGAAAAAAGCCAAAAUGGCUGACACUUCUCAUGAGUAUCAAAAUACCAGCAUGGAGAAAACUGAAACUAUCAAUGUGCAACUUAUUCCACAGAAGAUUCAUCACUGCGGUUUCCCUCGUGGAGAGCAAUCGCCACCAGUCGAUGCCAUAAAACUCUUGAUUCAAGAGGUUUCUGAAGGGGGCAAAGCCCUGGUGAUGACUACCCAGCUACAGCUCCAAUCCUAUUCCUCAUUGAGCAAUCAAUGGCCAGUGCACAGGCUCUUACCAAGCUUGGGAGGAGUGAAGGAGAAGCUGAGUCGGAUAGCCUUCCAACACCAAAAGAAAAGGCCAACAAAGGAGUCAACAUCUCCAAAAGAAAUUGUGGCGGGGGUGGAUAGGAGGAAAUUGGAAAGGAAAAAGGGAAAGUUGCCAGCAAAGCUCAAGGUUGCCAAUAGUGAAAGCUUGUUAGAGAGCAAAACUUCUCGCAGCUAUUGGCUGAUUCUGGCUCCAUAG